AUGGGUUGUUGCAAAAGUUCUUUAUACAUCAACACUUUACGUUCACAUCGAUCAAAUUCAACACGCAUCUCUUCAUCGUUUACUCAAACUGAAAUGAUACAACUUGGAAUCAUUUUGUCUAAUAUACCUGAUCAUUAUCAAGAAGCAAUUAUUAAUCUACCAGCACGAAAACUACUAAAUUUUUAUCAGUAUCAUUUGAUGGCUUUGUAUUAUGGCCUACAAAGAGAAUGGCUAUUAGCUAUUGUAUGUGAACAAUAUGCAAUAAAAGGCUUACAAGCUUUAAUGCCUACUGAAAAAGAUCAUUAUAUCUUCUUUAAUUUUUACAGUGUAUUAUCAGCAUGUUUCUUAGCACUUGGUGAAAUUGAAACAGCCAUUAAAGGACUUCAUAUAACUUUAGAUAUUCUAUUAAAACAUACACCGAUGGACUAUAAAACAAUAAGUAAUCAUUACUAUCAUCUAGGUAAUGCAUACAGAACUAUACAAAAUUGGGAAGCAGCAUUGCAAUCAUUAACACAAGCAAUUGAAAUAGCACAACUCAGUAAUGAUUUAGAUCAAGAAUAUAUUCAUAACCUUGAAACGAAUUUUCAAUUGAUAAAGUAA